GCGGCGGAUGGAGGGCGCGAGCGGGCGGCCGCGGCGGCUGCACCCGGCGGGGCGCUGAUGCGGCGCCCGGACCCGCGCUGCGCGACUUCGGGGACGUCGGCCGCGUUGGCGCUCCGCGAUGCAGCUCCUGAAGGCGCUCUGGGCACUCGCAGGGGCCGCGCUCUGCUGCUUCGUCGUGCUGCUGAUCCACGCGCAGUUCCCGAAAGCAGGUCAGCUGGCCGCCGGCACAUGUGAGAUUGUGACGUUGGACCGGGAUAGCAGCCAGCCUCGGAGGACAAUCGCCCGGCAGACAGCUCGCUGUGCAUGCAGAAAGGGACAGAUCGCAGGCACCACGAGAGCCCGGCCCGCCUGCGUGGACGCACGGGUCAUCAGGACAAAGCAGUGGUGCGACAUGCUUCCUUGUCUGGAGGGGGAAGGCUGUGAUUUGUUGAUCAACCGGUCAGGCUGGACGUGCACGCAGCCCGGCGGGCGGAUAAAGACCACCACGGUCUCCUGACAAACACAGCCUCAGAGGGGCCCUGGGAGUGGCCCUGGCUCCCUGCAGAGUCCGCACCUUGGCCACGGUCCACUGCGGACGCCCCCGUUCUGCACCAUCCGCCCACCCUCCGUUUCUCCGCAGCCCGUCCGGGACGGCGCGCUUCCUUGGCAUCCUGAGCUGUGUCUGUCCAGCCUCCCCGAGUGGUCCAGCCUGGGACACACAGUGGGGGCUGCAUCCAGCAUCCGUGGGAGCGUGGCCUCGCACGCCCUCCCUGGCCGUGGCCUUGACUGAGCUGUCCACAGAGGCGCAGGAGGAAGAGGCGGCUGAGGCCGGACGGGCUGCAGCCCAGCCAGCCCGACUGGAGGACCCGCCGGGCCUGGGGGAGGACUCACUCCCAGGCACAGAAGUGGCCUCUCCUCGCGCCCAGACUGUGCGAAUUGCUUUUAUUUUCUUACCCUUUCAGUACAUCAAUAGACCAAAGAGCAAAAUCUAUUUUACCGCAGACUCACCGCCACCGUCGGUCCCCGGGCUCCUCCAGGGGACGUGGGGGCAGAGACAUGCCAGCAGCCCCAGCGGGGCGGAGCGGGCGGCCCUGGCAGAGGCCCCCACCCCACGAACAUUGUGGUGCGCCCUGAGGGGCCAGGCUGCCUGGGGCGUGCUGCGGCAGCCCCGCGGACGCAGCCAGCGAUGUCCCCGUGCAGAGCCCACGAGCACGCCACCCGGGGAGUCCAGGCCACCGCCCACACCUGCUCCUGUGUACUUAGGUGGACUUUAUGUACUAAAUUCACUUUCUGUUUUAACCAGUUACACACGCCUGUCUGCGCUCCAUUCCUGAUAGUGGGAUAAUCCAGGAUUCGCCAAGAGCAUGUUGGGUCUCCCGUGACUGCUGUCAUCCGAUACACCAUUUAGCUCCAGAAAGCAAAUUAAAGAAAACAAAAGUAACACUUGUUUGAAAGAGAUCAUUAAAUGUAUUUUGCAAAGCCUAAAGUUAUAUAUUUAACAGUUUUUAUAUGUUGUAUAUUUGUAGAAAAUCCUAUUUAACAAUUACUGUGGUGCCCCUGGCUGUCCAGGGAGGUGGGCCAAGCCCUGGGUGGUCCUGAAGGUGCCGGGGGGCCACAAGGGGAGCUGGCAGCCCCGGCCUAGAGGGCCGGGCGUGGAGGGGCCGGACUCGGGGCAGCGAGCCGAGGACCAGGGCAGGGAGGGCCCGAAGGCCGCUCGUCUUCACCCAGCCCCGUCCCGUGGCCCCUGCCCGUGGCCCCUCUUGCCCACGCCAGGUGUUCCGUGCUCGAACCCACCUCUUUGGUGGGUUUCAUUUCCCUUUUCUUAGCUCCCACAUCAUAGAUUCCAGGGUGUGUGCAGCUGUCUCUUCCCCCCAGUGGGUGUCCCGCCUGCUCAGUCUUCAGGCCCGAAGGGUGAGGAAGCAGGUGGGCAGAGGGCAGCGAGAGCAGCAGGCACCCGCCCCCCCAUGCCCCUCCCUGCCAGGGGGCGCCGCCGGGCCCGGAGGAGGAGAGCAGGGCGUCUUUUCUUGCCCUGGCCAUCGAGUGCCAGGUUCCUUAUCUUCCUGAGUUCCCGCUGAACUGUACUACCUAAGAGUCAGAUUAACAGGAGUAUUAUGCUAGUUCUAUGCUACUAAAAA